GGAAAUCUGAGAUCAUCUGAAGCUAAAGCUAAGUUGAAUUAGUAAGGCAACAUAUUAUUGCAUUUUUCAAAAUUGGCUUCAAUCUAUUCUUGAUUCUUUCGCAUACCCACAAAAUGCCCAAAUCAGGCUUUGGUUCGAUCGCACAUACAAAUCAAAAUCAUCUCUUUCUGGCUCCAAUUCAUUUCUUUCCUCUCAGCCUACAAGAAUAGAGAGAGACAGACAGAGAGAGAGUCAUAGCCGCCGUUCCUGAUUGAAGCAGAUGGGGAAUUGACAUCUGUUUUUUCUUGUGUUGGAUCUGAGCUGGACAUUACUGUUGAAUAAUCAAGAUUCUGAAUUUUCACCAUGUUUUGGCAUAUGACCGGUCUCUCAACUGCAUCGCCAGUGGAGACCAUUUUAGACAAGGAUAACUUUACUUUGGAAGAGCUCUUGGACGAGGAUGAAAUAAUUCAAGAGUGCAAGGCUCUCAAUGGACGACUUAUCAGCUACUUGCGGGAGAUAUCUCAAGUUAAACAACUUCUUCAGUACAUAGUGCAAGAAGCUCCCGAGGGUGCUAGUAAAGAACGUAUAUUGAAGUUUCCAUUUAUCGCUUGUGAAAUUUUUACGUGUGAGGUUGAUAUAAUACUGAAGGCUUUGGUAGAUGAUGAAGAGUUGAUGGACUUACUUUUCUCUUUUCUGGAUCCUGAGCACUCUCAUAGUUCUCAGUUGGCUGGUUAUUUUAGCAAGGUUGUUGUAUGCCUCUUGCUUCGGAAGACAUCCCCUCUAAUGAAUUAUAUCCAAGGCCAUCAGGAUAUCGUUAAAAAGCUAGUUGACCUAAUUGGAAUUACGUCUAUAAUGGAGGUGUUAAUCCGUUUCAUUGGUGCUGAUGUACAUAUUUAUGGGAAUAGUGGUGGCGACACCAUGCAAUGGUUGGAAGAGAUGGAUAUCCUCGAUAUGAUUGUGGAUAAAUUCAGUUCAUCUGACUCCCCUGGAGUGCAUGCUAAUGCUGCAGAAACUCUUUGCACCAUUACUCGAUGGGCUCCCCCGACAUUAGCUGCAAAAAUCUCCAGCCCAAGUUUUAUAGGAAGGUUAUUUCGUCACGCUCUGGAGGAGUCGAGACCAAAGACUGUUCUGGUCAACCUGUUACUAGUUUGUAUAUCGUUGUUAGACCCCAAGAGGCUGACAUCUGGUAUAUAUUACAUGUAUAAUCGUCAAACUUCUAAUGGACCUGGAGCCACAGCUAAUCCCGAGACCGUUAAAAGCAUGCUGGGUAGCCUAGGUGAUCUGCUCAAGCUUUUGAAUGUUUCGUCUGAGGAACACACCCUGCUAACUGCGUAUGGGAAAUUGCAACCUCCUCUUGGAAAACGUCGGCUGAAGAUUAUAGAGUUCAUUUCAGUCUUAGUUGCUGUUAGUAAUGAAGCUGCCGAAAAGGAACUGAUUCGCCUGGGCGCUUUGGAACGUAUUCUUGAAUUGUUUUUCCAGUAUCCUUACAAUAAUUUAUUACACAAUCACGUGGAACACAUCGUAAUAUCUUGCCUGGAGAGCAAAAAUCAUCAGUUUGUUGACCACCUUCUCCAUAAGUGUAAUCUCGUCGGGAAGAUUCUUGAUUCUGAGAAGAAUUUCACUUUGUCCUCCGAUGAGAGCAAGCCAACGGUCGGUGCUGCAGGAAAGUUGCCACCCAGGAUCGGAAAUAUCGGUUAUUUAACCCGUAUAGCUAACAAACUUAUUCACUUGGGGAAUAGCGAUAGCGAGGUUCAGAAAUUCUUGCAGGAAAACAGGGACUGGGUCGAUUGGCAGACGAAUGUUCUGCUUAAGCGCAAUGCUUUGGAAAAUGUCUCCCAAUGGGCAUGCGGGAGACCCACCACGCUACAAGAUCGAACAAGAGAUAGUGACGAUGAUGACUACCAAGACAGGGAUUAUGAUGUUGCAGCUUUGGCGAAUAACUUGAGCCAGGCCUUUAAAUAUGGGAUCUACAGUAAUGAUGCUAUCGCCGAGGGAGAUUCCUCACUCGAACGAGAUGAUGAGGAUGUCUACUUCGACGAUGAAUCUGCUGAAGUUGUUAUUUCUUCCCUCCGUUUGGGCGAUAAUCAGGACAGCGGAGGAGGAUCGCUCUUCACGAACUCCAACUGGUUCGAGUUUGAAGACGAGAGUAUCGACAACGAGCACUCUGCCGGUUCCAAUGCCGAGGAGCACAUGGACGUCGACAGAAGAGCGGACAAUGAUGUUGAGAAAGACGAGGCAGAUGGUGCCGUAUCCAACACUCCCUCAGAUAAAACACCAGAGUGGGUCGAGUGGAGGGAAAGCUCCGACUCACUUGAUCCUCCUCCCAUCUUUGCUGACGCAUUCGAAACGGCUCCAUCUUCGCCUAUACAUAACAGUGAGUUCUUUGAAUACGAAGCCAAGUCAGACGACUUCGAACCCCUGCAAUCUGCAGACGUCGAUGAGGGAAGCCGAUGAACUAGAGAGGGCGAAGAAGACUUCUCGAAGGGGUAAAUGUCUAUUCUUGUCGAAAAGAGGAGUCAUGGUGAACCUGGCACACGAGGUGUCUCGAUGGAGUCAGAGUCAGAGUCAGAGGGCCGGUCCGGCGGCUCGUGAAUUUUUUUUCUUAGCAAGACAUUUUCCUUACCUUAGUUGGAGCUGAAAAGCUAUUGAACUUGUAUAUCAGUUAUUUUUUAUUUCCUGCAUUUUUUGGAAGUAUAUAAAUACUGUUAGGUAAAACAGAAUUUGGGAGGAUUCUGCUAUUCAUAUUGUAGUUAUAUUCAAUCUUGCUUUUCAUGAAUACAAAGUGGUUUAAAUGUACAA